AUGCCCAUAGUCUUAAAUGAUCCCAGUUGGUGGCCGGACAUCAGUGCGGAUAGGGUUUUCGGUUAUUUUACAGUUGCAGCCUUUGCUGGGGGGAUGUAUGAUUGGACAUUGACAUUCGGGAAAGAGGUCGAACUGAUCUGGAGGCAACGCUGGUCCCUCGUGACUUUUCUCUAUAUCAGUGCGCGCUAUCUUGGAAUGUCAUAUAGACCCAGAUGCUGCUCAAUAUUCCAACAAUCCCACUCACAGAUGUAGGGGUGAGUGAGAUUCUUGACCAGCUUGUUUGUUCAAUAUAUUCACUACCAUAGAUGCCUUAUCGUGUACCUGAUAAAAAAUUGGACGAAUAACACCAUAACUGUAAUACUGGACGUCAUCAUGAUCACUCGGUUACAUGCCAUGUACCAGCGAUCCAGAAAGGUCUUGAUACUCCUCGGUGUCGUCUUCCUGGUUGUCAAUAUCGCGAGCAUAGCGAUCAGCGCAAUAAUAACGAACCAUACUAUUUCAGGGG